AUGAUUCAGCGGCUGGGAAGCGAUGUCAUUUCGGAGCUCAGAUCUGGAGUCGCUUUGUCAAGUCUUUCCCAGUGCGUUGAAGAACUGGUUUUAAAUUCCAUCGAUGCGGGAUCUAGCAGCAUCACCGUUGAUGCGGACAUCUCUACGAUUUCCCUUGAAGUUAGCGACAACGGUACGGGAGUGCGUGAAAGUGAUUUGAAAAAUGUUGGACAACGAUAUUUCACAGGCAAAUGUCACAGCCUCGAAGAUUUAAAAAAUGCCGCCUCUUAUGGAUUCCGUGGGGAAGCCCUGGCCAGCUUGGGUAAAAUAUGUCAGAAGAUUGAGAUGGUUUCACGACACAAGGCAUCAAGCCGCACUUUCUGUAAGCUUGUUAAAAAAGGUCGGGAUAUGGGCGUGUACGAAAGCACAGGCCUGCGACCAAGGCACGGCAUGACCGUCAAAGCCUAUGGGGUAUUUGAUACCCUGCCUGUUAGGCAGAAACUUAUUUCAGAGAAAGUGGACUUGGAGCAAAUUCGGAGACGUGUUUUGGGAGUAGCGUUAAUGAAUCCGGGUGUGUCCAUUCUUGUACGCAACAAGGAGAAUGGCACUAGCCUGCUUCAAACGCAUGCCUGCGCCUCUACUUUGUCUGUAGUAUCACAAGUGUUUGGCUGCAGCAAGAGUAAGGCCUUUAAACCAGUUUCACAAACCUGUGGCGUGCACACCAUUACAGGUUAUGUUAGUCUUGAAGGCUUCCCAAACAGGAAUUUCCAGUUUUUCUAUGUCAACAAGCGUCUAGUUUUGAAGACGAGAUUGCACAAUGUAGCACACCAUAUCUUGGCCAGAGCAAUAACUGGACUAACGAUGGUAGAUUAUGAGUCAACCAAUCCGGACGAAGGGUUGUGUAGUCCAAAGAAGCACGAUAAGUAUGCUUCAUUUGUUUUAAAUAUUGAAUGUCCAUACAAUAUUUAUGAUAUCACAUUUGACCCCAAGAAAACCCUUGUGGAAUUUCAGAAUUGGGAUGAACCAAUUAUUUGCUUGAAAGAAUGCUUAAACGACUUCCUGAAAAGGGAAGGGAUUUUUAACAAAGAUCUUUUCAACAUCCAGUCCAACUCCCAAGAGUCAUGUCCAAGCUUAUCUCAAGAGUUUGAUUCAGUUAAACUGAACUCAGAGGUCGGCGUGGAAUAUCCCAAUGUUACCAAGAGGCCUAUAAAAGCCAGUGACCUAAGGCGAAGUCUUUACUCAUCUACUGCUAAAAGAAAACGUAAUGGAAAUGCAGCAUAUAAUGUGGGGAUUAUGUCUUCAAACAGUGAUUCUGGUUUGGAACAUACAUGCAAUUCAAAUGAGUCAAGUUAUGUGGCAAGUGAAAAGGACAUAGAUGGGAAAUGGAAAACUGAAGAAUUAGGUUUAAGUCAAGAUUGUUCUGUCAGUUCUGAUGAAUUUUCAACUACCAGUAAGGAAGGCAUCAGUCCCCACAGUGACUCUGGUGUAACUGUACUAAACAAGCUGGAAAUGUCAUCCAAAAGAUCAAUUAUUGCAAAGUUGCAAAGGUACAGCACUGGAAUUCCUAGAUCGAGCAAUGUCAGUCCAUCUGAAAGCAAUUGUACCUUCAGUUCAUCUGCAAGCAGUUGCAAUGAAUGGCUGCCAAGAAAAAUUGAAGGAACUCUUAACAUGAAACUGGAGUCUGUAAACUCCCACGAUGGUAAAAGAAAAUGUUUGGGUGUUUCACAAGAGGGUGAAGAAGUUAAUGAAAUGGGCGAUGUGCGGUCCAAAAGAAAGUUCAAUGCACCAAAACAACCAAAUGAUUCCAGAACUCCUGUGGAUGUUCAGGAGUUUGAAAAUGUAAGUGUUUUAAUAUUACAUGAUUAUAUCAUUUUGAAUUUUUAAAGCUAAGCCUGCGAACAAGAUUUAGUAUUGUCCAGAAAUAAAAUGGAACGCGUUUUUUGUUACGUUAACCUCGGACUGCGUAACCAUCGCGUUCCGUCUAGCCAUAGAGUUUCAUUUGCGUUCAAAUCAACAGGAUGUCCCAGAAGAAUUGCGUACGUAAAAAUAGGUAUGUUCCAGAUUUGUAAGCAGCUAAUUAUUAGUGGGCGUCGAAAAUUUAAUCUGAGAGAUGAAUUUUGAUACUAAAGAUUAUUAAAAUCGGUCUACUAGAACCAAUGGCAAUGUUAUGGCUGUUUUAAAAUAAAGGUUUACCCAAUGGACCAUUUGAAUCACGUAUCACUUGUGUUAAGUAUCAACAAGUCUGAUGACCAUAACAUCGAUCGGUUCUAUACCAGACCAAUUUUAAUAAUCCUAGUGUCAAAAUUCAUCUCUUAGAUUAAAUUUUUGAUGUGAUUUGAAGCUCACUAAUAGCUAGUUGUGUAAAGAUCUAGAAUGUAGCUAUUGGAGAUUUUUGUGGACACCCUGUAUAUGGUCAUACCUGAUGGCUACAAUUGCGUUGUAUUAACUAUUUUCUGUAGAUAAAGACUAAAGAGAGUACGAGGAAUUAUAUCGAAGAUAGCUUUAGAAAAGAGGCAAUUGAUUGUCAACAUGUUUCCAGGAGAAGUGAUCCAGAACUUGUUGAUUUACAAACAAAUUCCAAUGUUCCAUGUUUCAUUUCCGAUGGUAGCCCGACUAUGGUGACAGAUCACAGUCGAAUGGUUAAUGCGCGCAUCACCACUAACACCAAAGAUGAACCACUCGUCAAGAACUCAAGAAACUUUGGUUCUCAGACAACAAAUCGCAAUAUAACAUGUUCCACAACAGAGCACGGUUCAAGGGCUAAAGCAAGUAGCACCACUAACACGAAAAAUCAACAAGCAAUCAAGGAUUCAAUAAUUGUUGAUUCUCAAACAAGAAAUUGCAUUCCAGUAAUUAGUUCGAAUAUGUUAACAGAUCACAGUCUAAUGGUUAAAGCAGAUACCGUCGAUGCAAACACUAGCACCGAUGUCACCGACAACACCAACGACAAGCAACCCAUGAAAGAUUCUGAUUGGUUGUUUCAACAUAACCCACAUGAUGGACGACCAGUAUAUAUCAACCUGCGAACAGGCAACACAACUAUGAUCAUUCCCCAUUCCAAACCUGAACCUCUGAGACCGUUACAUGGGAAGUCAAAUGACUCGACGAAAGAGACUGAGUCGACAAAACUACUUCCUUUUCGCAAAUUUGUACCACAUUUGUCGCACAAUUUUACUCCAUGGUUGCCACGAAGUGUAAGUCCGAGUGUGUCGAGGGGUGAAGACAAGCAGUCCAGUGAAAUCGGUGAUAUGUUGGAUCAGUGGGUGAACCCAGUAUUUGAAAGAAACGAGACGGUAAGAAAGGCGUUUACCAGUUCUUGUAACUGAACAGUAAAGCAAAUGCAAGGCACCUCAAAACGCAUGUUAACGUCGUUUUCCACUUCAGCCGUAUGGUAACGUAGAGUGGAAUUUUAUUUUCUGUCGAAAUCAUUAGUUCCACUCUGGUGCUCAGGGGCGGUUGUAUAAAAUGUAGUUUAAAGUUAGCUACAGUUUGUGGGAAAGUCAACCAAUCCAGGGUGUUAGCUAGACCUAGCAAUGUCAGUCCAUCUGGAAGCAAUGAAAAAAAUUCCGGUCAAAAAAAAAAAAUUCCAGUCAAAAAUUCCGCGUUAAACGCGGUUUUCCCAAUUACCUUGAGGUCGAAAUUUCCCAAUUUGGGUCAGCCAAAAAAUAGGUAAAAACAUGUUUAUAAAUACAUUUGCUCAAAAUUACUCCCAACUGAUGCGGGAAAUACCAUUUCAAAGACACAAAAAAUUAAAAAAUCGAGAAGGGGCAACCGCGCAUGCCCCCAGACCCACAAAGAAAUGCCCGGUUUCAGGCUAAAAUAAAUUUCCCAAUUUCAGGUAAACGCGGAUUUUUUUUUACUUCUGGCUAACACCCUGCAAUCAAAAUCCCGUAUUUGAGUUAAAUACUAUUUAACUGCGCCUGGCGCAUAUGGGAUUGUAAUCAUCUCGUCGAAUAACACAACCGUAUACUGUUGAAAUAGUAUAAUAAGCAAAAUUUCAAAAUAUCUCUCCAUGCAGGCCAAGCCUUCUCGACAUGAAAGUGUGUAUUUUUAAAUAAUGCUUGAAAUUUAAAUUGUGUAGCUCAUUUAAAUACAUGCUUUGAAGUUUGCCAAGUUUUCAGACUAUACACUGCGUCGAUUGACAGUCGAGUCGGUGCUUGCAUGAACCCUGACCCUUUACUUUUUCGAUACUACCCAUGGAUUCCAUUCUGUUUAACCGCUUCAAUUUUCAUUUUCUAUACAGCUUGUCGCAGAUGCCAGUUUCACAGACGGUAGCAAGACGUCGCUAAAACUACACUGUGCAACACAACCAUUUAAAUUUACCAAAGACUGUUUUAACAAGAUGAAGGUAUGUCAUAAAUAUCUACUAGAUUCUCUAUAAUUUAGAAACCUUUCACUUUGUUCCCUGCACCUUUAAGUAGUGUUUGUCCUCAGCUAUACUGAGUCUGGGUGGAAUUUGAUUCCCUCUAUUAUAAUUUACUUACUAGCCUUAAUUUCAUGUGAGAUGAAUGCCUUCAAGGCUACAGUUUAUCUCCGUCGAACACCGUAAGUUUCCUCUAGAAACUUGAGUUUCUCGCUUUAGGAACACUAGAUACGACGACGGUUAUUAGUGGAAUGAAAUUCAUCAUCUUACACAGCAUAGGCCAAAAAAAAUAUAUGGGUUUCCGGUUUCCCGACCCUACCUAGCUUUUGGCCGUCGAAAUCCCAACCCUAAACUUUUUUAUUGGAUCAUGCUUGUAAGUGUUUCCACUUAGAGGAAAAAGUUUGUGGAAAAUUGAAAUUUGAGGCAAUAUUAGGGAAAUUUAUCUUUGGAUGUCGAAGUUGGUCGAAGCACUGACUAAACAAAAUGGCGUUCGCUUGUUCGGAAAAUUAAAAAAAAAGUUUAAAAAAAAAAGUUAAAACCGACCUACCCUACCUAAGUUUUUAUGAGAAGAAACCGGAAACCCACAUAUUUUUUUUUGUCCCUAUAUAGAUAUGAAUAAAUUUAGGUAUCACGAUAGCUUUAGACCUCAUCUCAUUACAACCCUCCCCUCAAUCAUAAGGCCCGUUUACACGGGCGAUUUUUCCUGCGAUUUUCCCUUUUUGGAGAAUGUGAAGGAGUAGAUUACUUAAUGAUGUUGUUAUGAAAUUUCAUAACCUGGAACAUUUAUAACUCAUCCACUCCUUCACAUACUCCAAAAGGAGAAAAUCGCAACCAUCUCAAAUAGUAUAAAAUUCGUACGAUGAAUAAUGUACAGUAGGAAUAUUUUCUUCAAAUUAUUUAUUUCAACGAUCGAGUCUUUUUUUACUGUCGCCGUCCGCCGUUAUUGUCUUGCGUGCUUGUAAGGUUUCUCAGUACUUCAGUUUAAGGGAAAACAGCUUAGAUACUGUAGAUUUUAGUUUAGCUUAGUCUAGUUUGCUCGUAUUUAGGUCAUCAGUCAGGUGGACAACAAAUUCAUUUUAUGCUAUUACCAAGGUAAGCCAACUUCUUCGAGUUCAUUCCAUAUUGAACGAUCUCUGCGGGAGCUCUGGUUUCAUUCUGUCGUAAAACACAAGAAAUGGUCCUAUACCGGUGUAAAUAAACAUCUUAUAGGGAGAACAGUUUAGAACUGUCUGAUAGAGUUAUGCAGUGAAGAUUGUGAGAGAUACAACUUCCUGAAAAAUAGAAGCAGAACUUCAAUGUUUCAGAAGGAAGGCCCUUCUUCAAUAUUGCGUCACUAAAACCAGUUUUCCACUUCAAUCGUAUCGACGUGUAGCGUAUUUCUUUGUUUCCUGACCACUAGAGUGGAACUAAUGACUUCGACACAAAAGAAAAUGCUACGAUACGUUACGAUACGGUUGAAGUGGAAAACUGGCUUAACUUCCCGACGAAGAGACUUCGCUCGAAAAAACGUCGAAGUUCUACUUGUAUUUUUCAGGCAGUUAUUGUAUCUAUCUCAAUCUGCAGCUGUCUUAUUAUCAUCGCUACCUAUCCAGAUGAUCUCGAUACGCGGAAAAGUACUGGCACUAGUUGUCAUAUAGAAAUCCAUUUUAUGAUUAAAACAACUGAAUAUCUCCUGUAAUAUACUUUAUUUCGAUUCCAUAUUUUUGUCAGAGCUAUAGUUCUCAUAACCAAACAUAAUUACAAAAUUUCAACUAGUUUCAUAAAGAAUAACGAAAGAUAUAAUUGACUGAAUACAUCAAAAUGGAUUUCUAUUCGGACAACCCUUUCUGAGCGCUGAUUGGCUAAAAUACGAACACGAGAUCACCUGGAUACAAUGGACCUGUUACCUAAUGAACAAAAUUUUGAUCUAGACGAGUCUACACAAAAAUUUCAUCACAGCUUGAAAGAGCAUCACAAAAUUAGUAAUAUUCCGAGGUUUCGUUGCGAAAUGUUGUAAAAUGCGGGUAAUCAGGCGGGUAUAAUAUAGCCCUGCGAAGUUUGCCGUUUUUCAGUCAUUUUGUAUUACGCACGGGAAACCGAUACCUUUUUUCAGAAAGCGGUAAUGACUGAAAAACGGCAAACUUCGCAGGGCUAUAUUACCCGUAUUUUACAACAUUUCGCAACGAAACGUCUGAGUACUACUAAUUUUGUGAUGCUCUUUCAAGCUGUGAUGAAAUUUUUGUCUAGAUCAAAAUUUUGUUCAUUAGGUAAUAGGUCCAUUGCACCGACCGUUCGAGAUUGUAUUCAGUAAAUGUUUCUUAAGUUCCUUAUUAGACGUCCGGUUUAGACAUAAUUCAUCUAAUUUAGUAUAGAAAAUAACAAUUUUCCAAUUUUGAUAAUAUUUAUUUUUUUUAUUUAGGCGACGAACAUAAUUUUCUCGUCGUUGUUGAUCAACAUGCCGCUCACGAACGAGUUCGUCUGGAAACCUUCACUAAAGGUGCGUUUUGCAUGGAGUAAGGGAAGCUUAGUUUUAGAAGAUCAUUCAGAUGAACAUGUUGGAAGAGUGCCAUCUAUACUGGCACCUAAAUCGUGCACUGUAAAUUCAAACGACUCAAACGAUCCAAAAAAGUCAUUCUCCGGUCAAAUUGACGGGUCAUCCGCCUAGACGAACUACUGGAUGCCACUGAUCUCAUAAUAGUCUGGAUAUUGCUUCUAUACAGGGUGUAUAACAAGAAACGAGACGUUUAGAAAUCAAGCUAUUGUUGGAAUUUGAAUGCAUAGCACUAUGCUGAACCCACGUGUCAUAAAACAGAAUAGAAGUGAAUUUUAUGCAUGACGAAGUUAUUUAAAACUUUAAUUUCGUUUUGUCCAACAUGUGAAUUAUGUGCUGAUUAAUUUAACGCACCGUGUGAAACAGUAAAAACUCGGUGCUCUGUGGGCAGUUUAACCAUUUUAUUCGAACUGAUGAUAUGACUAAUUAGUAAUUUGACAACUUUUUUAUGCAAUUAUGGUCCUUCAUACGAUUAGAAGCUAUUUUAAAUUCACAGUAGCAUAAAAUCUUACAAUAACUUGAUUUCUAAAGAUCUAGUUUUUUUACUACACCCUGUAGAUGUCGAAAGUGAAGCUUAAUAUUACAUAUGCGAAAAUCUCUUCCAGGAACAGUAGAAAUAAAGCUUUGUGUGUCACAACUUCAUACCCAUGGCCUUCCAGCGGUCAAAAGGUCCCCAAUGCCCUGGGUACGAGGUUGUGUAUGUCAUCGUCAUCCUCGUUCCCAGGGCUUCUCGGCUGUCCGCGUUAACGUCUGUCAUCGUCUUUUCAAAUUUCCAUCUAGAUCUGUACACCAACUCGCAAGUACCGGGAAACAAAAUGGUGAUGAAAUCAUCACCUCUCACCACGCCUUGUGAACUAAUCAUGUCUGACCAUGAUGUCCAUCUCAUGCAAGCAUUCAGAAUUCAGUUACAGCAAGUUGGUAUCACAUUUGUAGAUCCAUUGUCCAGUGACACACUGAGUUCAGUGCGUAUCAAAACUGUCCCAUCUGUGUUCCUCGCACGCGAAUUCUCGGAUAACGGAGAUAAAUUACGUACCGAGAUAAAGAAUUGCAUCGAGGUAUAUAGUUUGUCAAUAGAUGAUGUACCUACCUGUAGAUGAUGUACCUAUUUAAGGGCCAAUUGGGUUUAAGUUAAUAAAUGUAAUCCCUAAACAAAUUACAGUAUAUUCUCUUUCCAAGGUUUCGACACUAGCUAUAUAUUCAGGUCUAGUGUUUUCAUAAGGGGUGACUAUAGAGUAUUAACUUUCAAGCGAAAAGUGCAGGUAUUUUCUAUAGUACAUUGCGCAAUGCUGCAUACAAUGGAACAUAGCACUCAACAUGGCAAAAAUACAAUGUUCUGUUGAAAAUCAUUUUGAACAAUAUUUUUUAUCUAUUCUUUUAGGACCUCAUCAAAGAGCAAAUUGAAGUAUGAUAAUUGUGGAAUCCUAUGUUUGCCUUCGACUGUAUUUGCCAUUAAUUUUCAAAAGCAAAUUUAUGUUUCUAUUUUUUGUACAUGAAGGUGAUGCUUUCCACAAAAGGAGCCCCCACAACCGCUCUACCGAAAGCAAUAACGAAAGUACUCAAUUCACAAGCUUGUCAUGGUAAUGCUAUUAACGUUAAUCUCGAACUUCAAUGAGCCUCUCUAACUUCAAUUUCCUUCAUAUCCCCUCUGAAACUGCUUUCGAAAAGUGUUUAACGGAUUGGCAAUAAAAGCUUUCGUUUUCAUAGCAACGAGAUCGAAUGAGUUUUUCCGAGCUGCAACUUUGUCUUCGCUGUAAAAUACCACUCGAUAAUAAACUUUCAUGCUCACAAAAAUGUAAAGAGUACCAGCUUAGGGUGAUGACUACACGGCAAAAAACGCCGAGCCCGCUGCUCAACAGGACUGAACAAUGUUUUGCUGCCCACGUUGUUCACACUUGUCAACAAUAUUGAACAAUAUUGUUGAGCCUGAAUCGGGUGUAACAACAUUGUUCGAUAUUGUUGACAACUGUGAACAAUGUGGGCAGCAAAACAUUGUUCAAUACUUCAAUCCUGUUUUCAUCAAUAUUGCAUCAACCUGAGCGUUUUUACGCAUGUAGCUGGCGAAGCACACGCCUGUGCCCCACUCUGAUCCGCUUAGCACUACAUGAGCCAAGAAUAUAAGCAGACUACGUUUUGAUAUAAAUGUUUCUUUUUCCAAUUUCAGGUGCAAUUCGAUUUGGAGACUCGCUGUCUACCGAAGAAUGUGUGAAUCUUAUGACAUCUCUGUCAACGUGCGAUCUGCCUUUUCAAUGUGCUCACGGAAGGUGAGAAUAUUGUACUAUAUGUGACAUUAAUUUUCUAGGGUUUGCGUAUGUUCUGCAGAUAGUUCAACGGCUUUCUUUAUGUCACCUUGGUCGUUUUUUACGUGUUUGUUUGUUUGUUUGUUUGUUUGUUUGUUUGUUUGUUUGUUUGUUUGUUUGUUUGUUUGUUUGUUUGUUUGUUUGUUUGUUUGUUUGUUUGUUUUGUUUGUUUGGUUUUGUUUGUUUGUUUGUUUGUUUGUUUUGUUUGUUUGUUUGUUUUGUUUGUUUGUUCAUUUGUUUGUUUGUUUGUUUGUUUGUUUGUUUGUUUGUUUGUUUGUUUGUUUGUUUGUUUGUUUGUUUGUUUGUUUGUUUGUUUGUUUGUUUGUUUGUUUGUUUGUUUGUUUGUUUGUUUGUUUGUUUGUUUUACUGUUACUUUUCUUUACACUACUACAACCAGGGCGCUUUAUACUACAACCUAUUGCUGCACAGCUGUUGAUCAUUGUAACUUUUCAAAGUUCUCAAAUAAAAGCAACAGUUGCAGUCAGUGUCAUGUCUUGCUUUGUAGUCUUGUUUGCUGUUUGUUAACUGUUUCUAAUUUUGCCAUCCAAAAUGGCGGAAGUCAACAAAUUGUGACGUCACUUCCAACAGCCCAAUAUACUUGUAUUAUCACAUGUUUUUUUUUGUGAAAUUUCCUCUGAUUCCAGUUUAAUUCUCUGAAAUGUGAUUUUUCUUUAGACCCUCGAUGAUUCCCUUAAUCAAUACGACGUUAAUUCGGAAUGGAUUGUCACAAAAGGUACGCGAAUACCUGCGACAGUUUUGAAUUGAAAAACAACCGGUCUAAUUUGUUCAUAUACUGUAGCUUGCUUUAAUUCCUAUCGUAUUUUAAGUCAGGGGUCCUCAGAUGAGAUUUAGUAGUGGCAGUAGUCACUCACUGUUACGGGGGACAUUUCAAGUUCUAUGUAGAUUAACAACAUGGUUUGAUGAGUGUUCCAACUAGAAGUAUUUGUGAUGUUACUCUGAGUGUGCAUCCACACCGGCCAAGCUGAAAAAUUUGCCUGACCACGGUGAGAAUCGAACCCGCGACCCAAGAGAUACUAGCUCCCGCGACCUUUGUGACCAGUGGUCAGGCAAACUUUUCAGCUUGCCCGGCGUGGAUGCACGCUCAGAUUGAGUAACAUCACAAACAUCAUAAUCACCUAACCUGAGUACAUAACACAAAAAUCAAAAACAUACUGUAGAACAGGUCUGCAAAAUUACCACAGAAAAAGGAAUUAAUUCCAAUUCCAAUUACUUGCUAAUUAAUGUAAUAAAUUCCUGAUAACUUUAUUUGCCAAUAUUUGGCGCUCUGAGCCUUGGAACAAAUUGUGGUUUCCACUUUCGCAAUAAAUAGUACUUCAUGUAGGCUAUCAUGUCAUGUGAUCUCGUUGAAAAUUAUUUCAGCCAUUUUUCUGAAUUUUUGUCGUAACGUUAUAUUUUUUAUUUCUUAUUUUUAACAAAAUAAGAAAGGGAAUUUUCAAUUUGCUCCUUGGAAAAGGAACACGUUCCUUGCUUUUGUAAUUAAUUACAGGUUAAAAUUACUUCAAAUGUAACGAGUACACAGUAACGCGUUACAAUUGUAACGAGUAUUUACAGCCCUGCUGUAGAAUACAUGAUAGUGUUGGGAAAGCCAGGGACGCCGGAACUGGGGAGGGGGGGGGCGGGGCAGGAGGGGCAGCUGCCACUCUUGCCUUUUGCUAGGGGGGCAGAAGUGCCCUUUUAGUUGUAAAAUACUACCUGAUAAAUCACAUUUCCAGUGAUGCUUUUUCGGGCAAAAUCAUGAGAUUCAGGUAAUUUAUAGGCCCAGAGAAAGUUAAUUUACAAAAAUAAGUGCGAAUUUGGAAAAGAGUGAGGUUAAUUUACAAAAAUUUUAGAAAUUUUUUGGAUUUUAGAAAAAAAUGUUGGAUAAAUGGAGAAAAUUGCUGAUGUCCGGAAAAAUUUUUUUACGCCACGGAAAAUUUUGGUCCGGGGGGGAGGUCGCCCCAAAAAAAUUUAAUGUAAGAAAAACAUUUUCAGGUAAAUUUCGAACUUUUGAUCUAUAGAGGUGCCCUUUGGUGUGCGUCUGCCCCCUUUGCCUUUUGAUCGUUUCGGCGUCCCUGGGGAAAGCAAUAAUGACAAUAAGAACAGCUAACCAUGAUCGCGUGACUGCCAACUCUCAUGCACUCUCAUCCUCGUUUGAUCCGAGUUUUGAUUAUCAUUUUUGUUACAGGUGGCAAGCUUACCUCGUAUCUCAAGGAUAAAGGAACAGAUAAAAGGGAAGUUCGUAUAAAUCUUGUUUACAUUAUCUUAGUAGUGAAUUGCAUUUUUCGAAUUUGCGCAACCUUUCUGAUCUGAUGAUCUCUGAUCGAAUGUCAAGGCGAAGGAAUGCUGCGAGCUCUAUAUAUAUCUGGAGUGAGAACCUGUGAGAAACGUGUUGCCAAAAUGGCGG